UGACAUUGAGGAAUCAGAAGACAUUUUGCUCUUAUUACCAUUGCCACCACUUGGAUAGACGGAGGAAGAGACAGAGCAAUUUUCAAACUAAAAUUCUGGGACGAGUUUGAAAAAGUGGAAAAUAAAUAAAUAACAUGAACACCUGGCAAACGGAAAACGCCGUCUUCGACAUCCUGCAAUGUUUGAUUAGCUUUCCGCAAAGACGAGAAUUCAAAUGAAUCAGACAAAAAUCCAAGAAAGUAAUUCACAAGAUUCUAUCCGAUCCAUUUCAACACUGGAAAAAUUUCUCCAUCUCUUCAAAUCCGUUUCUACCUAGGGUUUAUUACAGAAUGUGUGGGAUCCAGACUUAAGAUUCCUAAGGCAUUUUCCGAAACCACAAGUUCUAUUAGGAGCAAUUAAUGUCGUUUGACGACGUGGAAAGGGUUUCGUCCAACCGGCGCCGUUUUGACGGAGAGGGUAGUUCCGAUUCUUCUGAUGUCGCUGAUGGUACUCGCGAUUCGCAACGCAAGCGAGCCAAAGUUUACGAUGAUUUCGACGGCUCUCAUUGUGCAAUUCCAAGGUCUUCGAGUGCUGGGGAACCAAUUGCGUCUGCUGAAAAUGGGGAUUGUGAUAAUUUUGAAGGCUCAUCUCUUCGAUCCAAAAAUGAUGCGUUUAGGUUGAUGUCCGCUGGUGAGGAGAGUAACUUUGAUUCUAGUUCUGUGAAAGACGGUGAAGGAGACGACCGUGACAUGUCAGAAGCAGAUGAUCUAGAGGUCAAGAUGGAUCUCACAGACGAUUUAUUGCAUAUGGUUUUCUCGUUUUUGGAUCAUCCCAAUCUCUGCAAAGCUGCCAGGGUUUGUAAGCAGUGGCGAACUGCUAGUGCCCAUGAAGACUUCUGGAGGAUUUUGAAUUUUGAAGAUCGGCACAUAUCUGUAGAGCAAUUUGAGGAUAUCUGCAGAAGUUAUCCCAAUGCCACAGCAAUCAGCAUAUCUGGUUCUUCCAUUUACUUCCUUGUCAUGAAGGCUAUCUCUUCAUUAAGAAAUCUCGAGGUUUUAACAUUGGGCAGAGGACAUAUAGCGGACAGUUUUUUCCAUGCUUUGGCCGAUUGUUCUAUGUUGAAAAGACUGAGCAUCAAUGAUGCCAUACUUGGCAGUGGUAUUCAGGAGAUAUCAAUUAAUCAUGACAGGUUGUGUCAUCUUCAGUUAAUAAAAUGUCGUGUGAUGCGAAUAGCAGUCAGGUGCCCACAACUUGAAACUAUGUCAUUGAAGCGCAGUAACAUGGCACAGGCUGUGCUUAAUUGCCCACUUUUGCAAGAGCUUGAUGUUGGCUCCUGCCACAAACUGCCCGAUUCUGCUAUUCGCUCAGCUGCAACAUCAUGCCCGCAAUUAGUUUCUCUGGACAUGUCUAACUGUUCUUGUGUUAGUGAUGAAACAUUACGGGAAAUAUCGCUGAAUUGUGCUAACCUUAGCUUUCUUGAUGCAUCGUACUGCCCAAACGUAUCUUUGGAGUCUGUUAGACUGCCAAUGUUGACUGUUCUGAAGCUGCACAGUUGUGAAGGAAUUACCUCAGCCUCAAUGGCUGCAAUAUCUCAUAGUUAUAUGUUGGAGGUUCUGGAGUUUGAUAAUUGUAGCCUGUUGACUUCAGUGUCUUUAGAUCUUCCCCGACUGCAGAAUAUUAGAUUGGUACACUGUCGCAAAUUUGCUGAUUUGAACUUGAUGACCAUAAUGCUUUCUUCUAUUUUGGUGUCAAAUUGCCCUGCGCUUCACUGUAUCAACAUCACUUCAAAUUCACUUCAAAAAUUAGCAAUACCAAAGCAGGACAGUUUAACCACAUUAGCUCUGCAAUGCCAAUCUUUACAAGAAGUGGAUCUCUCUGAGUGUGAAUCUUUGACUAACUCUGUAUGCAAUGUUUUUAGUGAUGGUGGAGGAUGCCCAAUGUUAAAAUCGUUAGUUCUUGAUAAUUGCGAGAGUUUGACAUCAGUUCAAUUCAUCAGUACCUCUUUAAUCAGCCUUUCCCUUGGUGGUUGCCGGGCAAUUACUAAUCUUGAUCUCACAUGCCCUAAUCUUGAGAAAGUUAUUUUGGAUGGUUGUGAUCAUUUGGAAAGAGCUUCAUUUUGUCCAGUUGGUCUUUCAUAUCUCAAUUUGGGAAUAUGUCCAAAAUUAAACACACUAAGCAUUGAAGCACCAUCUAUGGUUUCACUUGAGUUGAAAGGAUGUGGCGUACUAUCUGAAGCACUCAUUAAUUGUCCACUCUUAAUAUCUCUGGAUGCCUCCUUUUGCAGCCAGCUGACAGAUGACUUCUUGUCUGCAACAACUGCCAAAUGCCCACGGAUUGAAUCAUUGAUAUUAAUGUCAUGCUCAUCAAUUGGUUCAAAAAGUCUUCAUUCUCUGUAUGGGCUUCCGAAUUUGACUGUUCUUGACUUAUCAUACACUUUCUUGGUGAACUUGCAGCCUGUUUUUGAAUCUUGUUCUAAUCUAGAGGUGUUAAAGUUGCAGGCAUGCAAAUAUCUCACUGACACAUCACUUGAACCUCUUUACAAAGGAGGUGCGUUACCAGCACUUCAGGAGUUGGACCUGUCUUAUGGAACCCUCUGUCGGUCAGCCAUAGACGAGCUUCUUUCUUGCUGCACAAACCUCACUCAUGUGGGUUUGAAUGGCUGUGUGAAUAUGCAUGAUUUGAAUUGGGGAAACAGUCGUGGGCAGAUUGACUAUUUGCCUGCUGCAAACACUCCAUUGGGGGCAAUUUCUCAUGAGAAUGUCCGCGAAACAAGUGAGCAAUCUACCCGCUUACUGCAGAACCUCAAUUGUGUCGGAUGUCCAAAUAUUAGGAAGGUUGUCAUUCCAUUGAGGGCAGAUUGUUGCCAUUUAUCAUCUUUAAAGCUUUCACUGUCAGCAAAUUUGAAAGAGGUUGAUGUUACAUGUCUCAACUUAUCUGUUCUUUCUUUAAGCAAUUGUUCCUCUUUGGAAAUUUUGAAGCUAGAGUGUCCAAGAUUGACCUCUCUAUCCCUUCAGUCGUGCAAUAUUGGUGAAGAAGCUGUUGAAGCUGCUAUUUCAAAAUGCACUAUGCUGGAGACUCUUGAUGUUCGCUGUUGUCCAAAGAUAAGCUCAAUGAGCAUGGGGAGAUUCCGUGCAAUUUGUUCAAGAUUGAAGUGUAUAUACAGCAGCAUGUCUACUUAAUGAACUUGAUCAAGAAUAUCAAAUUUUUUCCUAGUGCUUGUUCACUUGGAUUGAAGGUUCUAUUGGUAAUAAAAUCUGGUUAUUUCCUCAUGUGUUGUAAAUGGUAAAUUCUUAAUUUGUUUGUGUUUGUUUGGCAUAUAGAUACCAGGUCUAUUAUGUAUUAUUGCAAUAAUACUUAUCUGUUGUACUUGAAAUUCUUGUAAAUCUUACAUUUCAAUUUUCAGCUUAUAUUUUCUAAAGCAGUCUAAUGAAUCCGUUUGU